AUGCAGCUAGAAGACUUUGACAGGGCCGUUAGCGCCCUCUUCUCUCAGGGCAGCGCGGCAGUAAACCCCGCAACGAGAUGCGAGGCAGAACAGUACCUCAGAGCGGUCUGCGACAGCAGCAGCGGCACCACUGUGCUGUUGUCGGCACUUCAGUCUUGCUGUUCAUUCGAGGCCAAGUUCUUUGCGUUGCAGCAGCUGCUGCAGCUGCUGCCGCCGCAGCAGCAGCAGCAGAGGGAUCAGGCCAAGGAUCUGCUGUUCAAUGUAAUGCGGCUGCGAGUUUGUAGUAUGUGGGCUUGCAGCGGCAGCAGCAGCAGCAGCAGUGGGGAGGCGGAGAACCCUCCAGCGCAGCUUGCUGCUGUUGCUUCAGACCCAGGCUCAAGCCCCGAUGCCGCUGGCGUGCACAACAAACUCGCGUUGUUGGUGGCGCGGCUGCUAGCAGCAGACAUAGACAGCGGGGCAGGAGCAUCAGGAACAUCAGCAGCAGCAGCAGGGAAGAAGGCGGUGUUCCUGCCUUUGCGGCGGCUGCUGCACCAAGAGGUUUGCGCACUUUGUGUGCAGCUGCAGGAGACAGAGGACGGGCUUGCAGCAGCGACAGCAGCAGCAGCAAUUACCGACCGCUGCAGCGCCUGCCGAAGCCCCUCGUGCGCUGCAGCAGCAGGCCGAAACCUUGCAGCAACUCUGGAGUCAAUCCGUGUUGCCCUGCGGGUGCUUCUGGUUAUACACCAGGAAUACAUGGAAGAUCUGCCCGCCUCUACUCUCUGCUGCUCGGUGGCAGAGAGGUACGUGGGGUGGAUCGACUUGCUUCUGCCGCCGCCUCCAGCGGCAGGUGCAGCAGCGGAGGCGCGAAGCAGCGGGAGCAGCAACAGCAGCCCCAAUAUGCUGCAGCUGCUGGGGGCAACAUGGUUGUCAACAGGCUUCUCCGACGCGGCUUCUGCAAUUGUAGUGUUUAUACAUCGGAAGAUGGAGCCUGCCGCGCGGAUCGAUCUGCUGUGCCGCAUGGAGCUUAUCGAAUGGCUUCUGCACGAGAUUCCCCUCACGGAGGUCGCCGCCUCCCCCUCAAUGAUUGUGCCUUUCGCUGCAAUAGUCAACGCAACUGUAGCAGCCUUGACAGAAGCCACAGCAUCGCUAGCAGAGAAGCUGGAGGCAGCGGGGGGCAGCCAGGUCUCGGGACCGGUGGUGGUGGGCAGCAGCAGCGCGCCGGUGGCAGACAGAAACCCGCGGGAGCUGUUGCAGCAGGGGCUGACGGCUUUGUGGGCGGUGCUGCCGCUGUCGGUGCAGUUGCUGGGAUCUGGUGGCUUGGAGGUCUCGAGCUCCGUUGUGCCGUCUCUGUCGCUGUUGCUCUCAAGAACAGCAGUGUUGCAGCGACAAGAUAAUGCCUUGCUGCAGCCGCUGUCCACUACCCGCCUUCAGGGUUUCCUGAUGGAGCUUCUGCAAGUGCUCCUCAAAAGGCUGGCAGAGGUGGAUAUGCUGAUGGGGGCGGCGGAGCAGCAGCAGGAGCAACAGCAGCAGCAGCAGGUCGUCUACAGCAGCUUGGACGAUGAGGAGCUCGAGCAACUGUGCUCUUACAAGGAGGCACUCACUGGCCUAUUCAGAAAGGCCUGUGCUGCUGACCAGAGCCGCGUGUUGCAGUGGAUACAGGAGGGGAUUCAACAACACUUGCAACACUUGCAGCACCUUCAACAGCAGCAGCAACAGCAAGGGCUGCAGCAACGCCGGGAACAGCAGCAGCAGCUCGCAGCGCUGCUGCACAUGCUUCUCAUCAUGACCGACGACAUAACUGCUGCUGCACUGCAUGCAUGCAUGCGGGGGCUUCUCGUGUGGGACAGCAGCAGAGAACUUUAUGAGGGUUCUUGUGCGCAUAGCGCCGCUGCUUGGCAAGCAGGAGCAGCAGCAGCACAUCCCAGAGGCGCUUUCGCUUCUGGCAGGACCUCAUGGAGUCUGCAGCAGCAGCACCACAAUCGCGCCCAAGCAGAGGCGCUUUCGCUUCUGGCAGGACCUCAUGGAGUCUGCAGCAGCAGCACCACAAUCGCGCCCAAGGCGUGCCUGGCGUUGCUGAGGUUCGUCAAAAAUUGUCUGCCGUACUCGGCUGCUUACACGGGCCUGUUGCUGCAACAUCUGCUGCAGCAGCAGUGCCUUGAUAUCCCUCGCAACAGCAGCAGCAACGGCGACUUUCGGCAGCAGCGCGCGCGACCUGCUGUUUCGCCCAGCUGCGGCAACAGCAGCAGGCAGGAACCCCUGGCACUGGCAGCAGCGGCAGAUGUUUAUGUUCUCCCAAGGGCGUUUCAGGUGGAGCAGCAGCUUCUGCUGUUCGAGGCGGCCGGGGUUCUGCUGGGCUGCAGGCAGCAGCUGCAGGGUCGGACCGCGAACGCCGCCCAAGAGCACGUCGUGCUACUGCAUGCAUUGCUGGCGAAGGCCACGGCGGCCUUUACUACCCAGAUUCCUUCUGGGGGGGACGCCGCCUCGGCAGUGGCCGUGUAUUGCUCGCGCUGCGCCAACGCGUUGGCUUCUCUUUCAAAGGGUUUUCAGCCCUUCAAGCAACCGGUCCCCCCCCCGGCGAGUGGGGGGGCCAUUGGGGGUGCCUUGUGCAGUUCAGAGACCGAGGCAGAGGCCUCCGUACUGGGUGAAUAUAAGAAAUCCUGGCUACAGGCGUUGCAGCUCUUCACGGACGCUGUUCGCGUUGCCGGGGCAGAGGGCAGCCCUCUAGAGGUUGGAGGCACUAGCCUUGUGCUGCUUCCUCCUUUCCUGCAUGCAUCAGUCUUCCUCUUGCGGCGGCUUCUCUCUCUUUUGGGGCCCCUCGCAGCCUCUUCCAUUGGUGCUCUGCUACCCUUGCUGUAUGAUGCUGUCCUGGUGGAAGCCGACGGUGCAGCGCAGGCAGCGGCUGCAUCGAGUAGCCUGCAGCAGCAGCAGCACUCCCCAGAACUCGCCGCUGAGCUUCUUAGCGGCUUCUUCAUGCAGCUCUUUGUGUCCUUGAAGGGGCCUCCUCUCCUGUUCUUGCUACUGCAACAUUUCCCUCUGGUGCUGGAGAGGCAUGUGGGCCUGUACCUAAAAGCCGUUGCUGCAUCGUCUCAGGAACCCAACUCUGCCGAGCUGCAGCGAGAGUGUCGAGGCAUGCAGGAGCAGUUGGCCUGUGUCCUUGCAACGGCAGCCAGGGAGGCCCCGGAGGCGCUUCUGCGUUUCGCUGCUGCUUCGCUGCUUCACGCUGGCAGCAGUAGCAACACCGGGGACCGGAGGCGCUUCUGCGUUUCGCUGCUGCUUCGCUGCUUCACGCUGGCAGCAGUAGCAACACCGGGGACAGCAGCAGCAGCAGCAGUGCUUCCGUAUUCUUUAAUGCGCUCACGCAAUGCCUCGAAGGGGACAGUACUGCAAGCCCCGACGGCAGCCAGCUCGCCGGCAGCAGCAUCACCAGCAGCGCAGGCGUGGGCACAUCUUGUGGCCGCCUUUGUGUGCAAACCCGAUAGCUGCGUAGAAACAGAACAACAGCUUAAACAGCAGCAGCAGCAGGAGUUGCAGCAAGUCGCGCAGCUGCCGGUCGAGCUGCAACAAGUUCAGGAAGCUAUGAGGGAUUUCACGAGGCAAAAUGUAGCCCUUGAGACGCAGUUACGGCAGCGUCCUUCUCAGGGGGGAUCAGCACAAACGCUGCAGCAACCACUGCAUCAGAGUGAGGAGAUGCAGCUUCUGCGGCAGCAGCAGCAGCAGCGUGUCCAGUGCAGCAACCACUGCAUCAGACCCCAGUUCGUAUCAUUUUUCAACCCGUUGCGUAGCGGCCUGCAGGAGGCGCUAAAGGGAGGACUCGCCGCGCGUAUUGGCGAUUCUUGCACUGCUGCUACUGCUGUUGCUGCCCUCGUAGAGGCGUUGGGACAGACUGACGGACAACAACUCCGAGAAGUGAUGAGGACUUGGAGGCGACAAUUUAUGCCGAAGUAG